CGAAGGCUGCUGGGAGUUGUAGUCACGGGGGCUGCCGCCUUUCGUGGGGCUGCUGGGAAUUGUAGUCCCGGCGCCAGCGGCCUCGCAUUCCCGGCGUGCCCCGCGGCGGACAUGGCGGCGCGGCGGCGCUGAGGCCCGGACCUGCGGGCGGCGAUGGCCGGAGAACUCGCAGACAAGAAGGACCGGGACGUGUCCCCUGUCAAGGAGGAGAGGAAACGUUCCCGCUCCCCAGACAGGGACCGGGAUCGGGACCGGGACCGCAAGGCUUCCCCCUCCAAGGACAGGAAGCGGCAUCGGUCCCGGGACAGGAGACGCGGCAGCCGAUCGCGGUCGCGUUCCCGCUCCAAGUCGACAGAGAGGGAUCGCCGGCACAAAGAGCGCGACCGAGACCGGGGCAAGAAGGACCGGGAGCGUGAGAAGGAUGGGCACCGGCGGGACAAGGACAGGAAGCGGUCGAGUUUGUCCCCAAGCAGGGGAAAGGAUUCCAAAUCCCGGAAGGAGCGGGACUCGCGGAAAGCGGAGGAGGAGGAAGAGAAUGCCCUGAAGAAGGAGAAGGCGCAGCCGCUGUCCUUGGAGGAGCUGCUAGCUAAGAAAAAGGCUGAAGAGGAGGCAGAAGCCAAGCCCAAGUUCCUGUCCAAAGCGGAGCGCGAGGCUGAGGCUUUGCGGCGGCGGCAGCAAGAGGUGGAGGAGCGGCAGCGGCUGCUGGAGGAGGAAAGGAAGAAGAGGAAGCAGUUCCAGGAGAUGGGGAGGAAGAUGCUGGAAGACCCUCAGGAGCGUGAGCGCAGGGAACGCCGUGAGCGCAUGGAAAGGGAAACCAACGGCACCGAGGAUGAGGAGGGCAGGCAGAAGAUCCGUGAGGAGAAGGACAAGAGCAAAGAGCUCCAUGCCAUCAAGGAACGUUACCUGGGCGGGGUGAAGAAGCGGAGGCGGACGCGGCACCUGAACGAUCGCAAGUUUGUCUUCGAGUGGGAUGCGUCGGAAGACACCUCCAUUGACUACAAUCCCCUGUACAAGGAACGGCACCAAGUGCAACUGCUGGGCCGGGGCUUCAUCGCAGGGAUCGACUUGAAGCAGCAGAAACGGGAACAAUCGCGCUUCUAUGGGGACCUGAUGGAGAAGAGGCGAACGCUGGAGGAGAAGGAGCAGGAGGAGGCCCGCUUGCGGAAGCUGCGCAAGAAGGAGGCCAAGCAGCGCUGGGAUGACCGGCACUGGUCCCAGAAGAAGCUGGAUGAGAUGACAGACAGGGAUUGGCGCAUCUUCCGUGAGGAUUACAGCAUCACCACCAAGGGGGGCAAGAUCCCCAACCCCAUCCGCUCUUGGAAGGAUUCCUCCCUGCCCCCCCACAUCCUGGAGGUCAUCGACAAGUGUGGCUACAAGGAGCCCACCCCCAUCCAGCGGCAGGCAAUCCCCAUCGGCCUGCAGAACCGCGACAUCAUCGGCGUGGCUGAAACCGGCAGUGGCAAAACUGCAGCGUUCCUCAUCCCGCUGCUGGUGUGGAUCACCACACUGCCCAAGAUUGACCGGAUUGAGGAGUCGGACCAGGGCCCCUACGCUAUCAUCCUGGCCCCGACCCGUGAGCUGGCCCAGCAGAUCGAGGAGGAAACGAUUAAGUUUGGGAAGCCUCUAGGUAUCCGCACGGUGGCUGUGAUUGGAGGCAUCUCCCGUGAGGACCAAGGCUUCCGCCUUCGCAUGGGCUGCGAGAUCGUCAUUGCCACACCGGGGCGUCUCAUCGAUGUGCUGGAGAACCGGUACCUGGUGCUGAGCCGCUGCACCUACGUGGUGCUGGACGAAGCGGAUCGCAUGAUCGACAUGGGCUUCGAGCCCGAUGUGCAGAAGAUCCUGGAGCACAUGCCUGUCACCAACCAGAAACCAGACACUGAUGAGGCUGAAGACCCUGAGAAGAUGUUGGCCAACUUCGAGUCAGGAAAGCACAAGUACAGGCAGACCGUCAUGUUCACAGCCACCAUGCCACCAGCGGUGGAGCGCUUGGCCCGCAGCUACCUCCGUCGUCCGGCCGUGGUCUACAUCGGCUCUGCUGGCAAGCCUCACGAGCGGGUGGAGCAGAAGGUCUUCCUCAUGUCGGAGUCAGAGAAGAGGAAGAAGCUGUUAGCCAUCCUGGAGCAGGGCUUCGACCCACCCAUCAUCAUCUUUGUCAACCAGAAGAAGGGCUGCGACGUGCUGGCAAAAUCCCUGGAGAAGAUGGGGUACAACGCCUGCACCCUGCACGGUGGCAAAGGCCAGGAGCAGCGAGAGUUUGCCCUCUCCAACCUGAAAGCUGGAGCCAAGGAUAUCUUGGUGGCCACAGAUGUGGCUGGACGCGGUAUCGAUAUCCAUGAUGUCUCCAUGGUUGUCAACUACGACAUGGCCAAGAACAUCGAGGAUUACAUCCACCGCAUCGGGCGGACGGGCCGAGCUGGGAAAAGCGGCGUAGCCAUCACCUUCCUCACCAAGGAAGAUUCCAGCGUCUUCUACGACCUCAAGCAGGCCAUCCUCGAGAGCCCGGUAUCCUCUUGCCCCCCCGAGCUGGCCAACCACCCUGAUGCCCAGCACAAGCCUGGCACCAUCCUCACCAAGAAGCGGCGGGAGGAAACCAUCUUUGCCUGAGUCCCUGCUGCAGGUGUUUCCUUCACGGCCUCUCCUUUGGGGGACAACAGGACAUUUCUUGCCGCUCUUUUCCCGGUCUCUGUGCAGCCAGGACUGCCAAGAGCAUUGACCAGAGCUGGGCCUGUCCCAAAAUGUCCCCUUUUCUCUCCCAGUCCCCCUCCCCAUGGAUCAGUGGAGCUGCCAGAGCCUGUUUGGGGGCAGGAACCUCGGUGCGUGCCCGCUGCCGGCUGGUGCUGGGCUUUGCGCACUGGUUUUUAGGCAGGGCUGGUGCAGGAGUUGCAUUCACUUCAUCCCUUUUUUAGCUGCACUUCCAGGCUGCGGGAAUAAACCCGUGGCUGUGUUGCUGGAUGCCGUGUUCUCACGCUCUCCCUUCCUGCAGCGCCAACAGCCCCGGGGUGCCCAACCAUGAGUUCCCUGCAGGGACGCACCUUUGGGUGCUUGGUGCCCACCCGAACUACGCCUUUGACACCCCCCCCCAGCUCCAAAUCUCUAUUCCAUUGUGCCCCCUGUCCCCCCAGGCCCCAAAGUCCCCAUUCGAUGGUGUCCCUUGUCCCUCCCCAGCCAAAUAUCCUUGUUUCUAGUGUCCCCUUUGCCCUCAACCCAAUGUUCCUGUUCCAUGGUGUGCCCUGUCCUAUCCCCCCCCACCAGAGACACGGAUGCGGGCGCUUCCGAGCAGUCUUGUGUU